UCAGCGCUAGUCCCGUCCUUAAGAAAGAUGGCGGGGAAGGCAUCGGCGAGGGCGAGCUGAUCCCACACCCGAACCCGGGGCGGAGGACAGCGAGGGGCAGCGGCAGCGGCACGGCCUGCCCGACCAUGGAAGAGGGCGGCGGCGGCGGCGCGGGCGGCGACGGCAGCAACGGCCACAGCGGCGGGGAGCAGCAAAGGGAGCUGGAGCGCAUGGCCGAGGUGCUGGUCACCGGGGAGCAACUCCGGCUCAGGCUGCAUGAAGAAAAAGUCAUUAAAGAUAGACGGCAUCAUCUCAAGACCUACCCAAACUGUUUUGUUGCCAAAGAACUGAUUGACUGGUUAAUUGAGCACAAGGAGGCUUCUGACCGAGAAACGGCCAUUAAGCUCAUGCAGAAACUAGCAGACCGGGGUAUUAUUCAUCAUGUUUGUGAUGAACACAAAGAAUUCAAGGAUGUCAAGCUCUUCUACCGCUUUAGAAAGGAUGAUGGCACCUUCCCUUUGGACAAUGAAGUAAAGGCCUUCAUGAGAGGACAGAGGCUUUAUGAGAAGUUGAUGAGCCCUGAAAACACACUUCUGCAGCCCCGGGAAGAGGAAGGAGUUAAGUACGAGCGCACCUUCAUGGCAUCUGAAUUUCUGGACUGGUUAGUCCAGGAAGGGGAAGCUACCACCAGGAAAGAAGGUGAGCAACUUUGUCACCGCCUCAUGGAUCAUGGCAUCAUACAGCAUGUGUCCAACAAACACUCAUUUGUGGACAGCAAUCUUCUCUACCUGUUUCGAAUGAACUUCCGUCGGAGGCGACGGCUGAUGGAGCUGCUCCAUGAAAAGUCGCCCACCUCCCAGGAGACUCAUGACAGCCCUUUCUGCCUGAGGAAGCAGAGCCAUGACAACCGGAAAUCCACUAGUUUCAUGUCAGUCAGCCCCAGCAAGGAGAUCAAGAUCGUGUCGGCUGUGAGGAGGAGCAGCAUGAGCAGCUGUGGCAGCAGCGGCUACUUCAGCAGCAGCCCCACCCUGAGCAGCAGCCCCCCUGUGCUCUGCAACCCCAAGUCUGUGCUGAAGAGACCAGUUACUACUGAGGAACUUCUGACCCCUGGGGCCCCUUAUGCCAGGAAGACAUUCACGAUUGUUGGCGAUGCUGUUGGCUGGGGCUUCGUGGUACGAGGAAGUAAGCCAUGCCACAUCCAGGCCGUGGACCCCAGUGGACCUGCUGCUGCAGCUGGAAUGAAGGUCUGCCAGUUUGUGGUCUCUGUAAAUGGGCUCAAUGUACUUCAUGCUGACUACCGGACCGUGAGCAACUUGAUCCUGACAGGGCCCCGUACAAUUGUCAUGGAGGUGAUGGAGGAAUUGGAAUGUUGAAGAGGAAGCUUUUUGGCCUUUCACGUGUUUAGAGAGCACAAAGCAAAACAACGAUAACUUCUGUUGGAAAUAAUGGCUUUGGACAAAAUAGAAAUUCAUAAACCA